AUGGAUAUUCGUCCACAAGAUAGUGACCUACCAAGAAGUUUUACAGAACCUACGAUCAAUGACAGAAUUUACAUAAAUCAAAGUGAAAACUUAGUUAAUCACAGCGAUGUGUGUAAUAGACAAACCCCGUUUGAAGUAGGAACAUUUAUUAUGCUAAUAAAGAGUGGAGCAUCGGAUACUAAUCUAGCAGUUGAAUGUCCUAACGAUAUUUCAAGAAACUUUAAUAAUGUAAAAUUUAGUGCGUUUGAUGGAACUAAUAGCUGCUUAGGGAAAUUAGAAAUGUUAUCUGACAAACUGAAGAUGAACUAUACAUAUUACUCAUGUGAUAACUAUCUAAAGUUUUCAGUCGAUGGAUUCUGGCGUUGUUUACAUAACAUUAACUCUGGCAGUACGACAUACCUUGCCACAUUGAAUAUGGAUAGAUCCCUUGUUAGAGGUCAAACAUACAGAAUGGUUUGCUAUACAUUACAACGGCAAGACAGAAUCUUAAAGGCAACAAUAUAUCCUGGAUCAUGUCGACCCGAUCAAACUGCGACAUAUGUUGUUUCACCUGGUGUUCACGCGGAAAUGUAUGACAUUUCAGAUCAUGAACUUGGAUCUGUUAAAACUUAUGAAGGAGUUGCUGUAGGAAUAUCUGUAGCCGUUAUUGUAUUGGUAUGCAUCAUCGCAGUUACUGUGUUCAUCCGGAGAAGAUACAUACGUAAAACUACAGUUGAUAACGCUCUAGAUCAACAAGGUAUAGCACCCUCGGAGUAUACAAUAGAUGACAAGAUAUUGUACAGCCAGGUGUCAAAAAGCAUAAAACAUAAUGCAUCUGAAGAUACUCAAUCACCGUAUUUCCUAUCCGAGAAAGAAUUAUAUGAUCACACCAAUGAAAGGAGACAUGUUGUUACAAAUACGGACGUAUAUAGCCAUGCAGUUGAUACAGUGUAUGAUUCAUCCGAACAACACACGAGACAAGAUCGAAGAGAAGAAAUCUAUGAUCAUGUUUUUGGUCAGAAAAUUGAAGACUGAUACGACUAAACUACAACACAUAACUGGAUUUAUUACAGCCUCAGGAUUGUAAGAAUCUCAAAAAUGUACUGUACAGAAAAAUCAAUCCUGUAAAUAUGUAUCCCAUAUGUAUGUAUUUUGUUUCGAUCGACUGUAGGAACGUGUAUGCCAGUUGCAUGAUUUGUAUUUGCUGGUUUGUUCGUGGA